AGAAGUCGCGUACUGUUAUCAAACAUUCAUUCGUUGUCCUAUACUAACCGAAACAGUUUCAAAACUGGUUUCGAUUUUUCUCUUGAAUCCGUUAAAACUUCUUCCUUCCAUAAUAUUCAAAACCAUGAUCGGGGUAUUUUCUUCGAUUCCAGCAAUGCGGCUUCAAGUUUUAGUGACUUUAAUGUUAUCAGUUUAUUUGUGUUCGUCUGAAGAAGAAGACAGUGCAAAUUAUCUUCAAAAUGCUAUUAGGGAUCUCAGUAGUGCUACCAGGAAACAAAACCCAGUACAAGUUCUCAUCGAGCAAAAUAAGGAAUCGCAUUUUGAAGAUAACUCAAACGCCGAAAAUCGAGUCGGAGUUCACGAAAAUCAGAUUCCUCCACUUUCCUUAACAAAGGGUGAACUAAUGGCAAUUUAUGAAGCUGCCGCAUCUAACGGUGGAAAGAUUUUGAAUUCUCCACCACAAUUUACUCAGAAACCAUCGAAACACUCCGACGAAGAAGAAUACUAUUACUAUUACAUUCCACUUAAGAGUUUUGUUUCAUCUCACGUCGAAACAUCUAAAGGAUCAACCUACUCUGACGGGUAUAAUUCGGAAUCCUAUUACUACCCAGGAACAAAAACUUCAACCCCAAACGCGUUAUACAAUUACCAUACUCAUAAUCAUCAGGUAAACGUAAAAGUAGAAGAAAUAAAGUCGGUAUCAGAAAAGAAGAAAUCACUUCAACCUUUGUUUAUGGCAAUAUCAGGGUUUAUAGGAAUGGCGGCUAUGAUUAUAAUAAGCAUUUUGUGUUUGCCAAAAUUUGGAAAAAUUAAAUUUAGAAGUGAACUGGACGACGUUAGUGGCAUGUCUCGUGUUGCUCUGCAAGUGUUAGAUGGCGAGGACUGUACAGAAAGGUUUAAGUGCGAAAUUGGAAAAGCUGCUUAUACCUUCAGUUUGCACAAUAACAGGUUUACUAAAUUAUUAAAAAGGCUACUUCCUAAAUAUUUCGGUAACCAAAUAAACAAAAUCGGAAAAUAUGCCCAAAAAAAGGCUAAAUGUUCGGCAAUACCAUGUCAGAAACGAUAGUUAAUUUUGUAGAUAUACUUAGAAUCUAUGAUUUGUGAUAGUUCAGCCAGU